GGAAAGGGUGUUGGACAUAGUGAGGACAGGAGGAGGUGUGGGAGAUAGUGAAGACAGGAGGCUCCCUUAUAAAGGUGGCUGCAGCUGUUUUACAUGCUUGGAGAGAGGGAGAGAAGGACCUUAACACCUGUAAAUCAUUAACCCCCUACGCACACAAACACCCCGCAUCAGAGUGGAGCUACUAAAGUCUCUGGAGUUUCCAUGGCUCUGUAUUAACGCGGGGAAGGGGAUUACUCAGGAGGAGAUACAGAGUAUCACCAUCUAAACCCUAUUGAUUAGCCCCACUGAUCGGUAUGAAGGAAGUUUGCGGUCUGCGUCAAGACAUCCCCUGAACACCCGCCAUAUGGACAUCGGAAAUUCGGAAUCACCAUCAAGAAUUGUUUCUUAUCUGGGGCCGUUACCAGUAAUUGCAUUUUUUACCAUAGGUAUCACAGACAAGAGGCUUAUAUUGACCCCACAUCAUCGCUGUAUGGAUCUACGGAUGGAUAUAAUAAUUGUCACUGCCAGGAUUUGUUACUGAUCAUAAACACCAUAUUAAAUGCCUAAAACCGAUCUCCCGGAUUAUUGAAAAAAUUGUAUUAUUGGCAUCUGUCUGGAAACCUUAAAUUUAUUAGCAAAAGCAUCACUCCAAGGAUCUAUUAUUUCACAUUGCACAUCAGUUUAAAUGCCUACUACUUUGCACACUGGGCAUCACAUGCAGUACACACCUUGAACACAGGGGGUGCCAUCAUCUUCUAGUCCCAAUGAGCAGUCCUGGAGUCACUCGAUGUAACAGCUACUGAUCACAUCAUUCCAAGCCCACUGAUCACACUGGAAAACACUCUAAAGACGAAAAUACGAAGUACCUGUCGCCUGCGAUUCUCUAUGCUCUGCCUCUGAAUACACUGAGCAUCACUACCCGGGAGGGGGCUUGAUUUGAAGACGUGCAGGUACUCAAUACCUGCCCCUUAUCCCAUCUGCUAGUAUCCAAUAACACAUGCAUCACUUGAAGUGUGCACUAAGUUUACUAGCACGGAGCAUCCUGUAAACUACCGUAACUAUACAUCCCCAAGUAUAUAUAUUGUGCCCAGACAAUACACUCCAGCAUGACACCCAUGCAGAGGCUCCUGCAGCUGCCAGUGACUGCUGUCAAUAUGGUGAAAAACCACAGAUCUGAAGAGGCCAAGAGCCCUGUUUUUAGUCAAGAUAGUGGAGGCCAGACCUUCUACAACGCCCUGCAAGCAGACGAACUGCGGCUACUCAAAUCUCCGGAGUUGGAGCCCACGGUGGAAAGCAAUGGAUCCAGUACUGUCAGUCAACCUAUGCGACACGAUGACCUGAAAGAGAUGUUGGACAGCAAUAAGGAUUCUCUAAAGCUGGAAGCUAUGAAAAGGAUCGUAGCCAUGAUCGCAAGAGGAAAGAACACAUCAGAUCUAUUCCCAGCUGUGGUGAAAAAUGUGGCUUGCAAGAACAUAGAGGUAAAGAAGUUGGUUUAUGUCUAUUUGGUCCGAUACGCUGAGGAACAACAGGAUUUAGCACUGCUCUCCAUCUCCACCUUUCAACGAGGGUUAAAGGAUCCCAAUCAGCUGAUCCGUGCCAGUGCCCUGCGUGUUCUUUCCAGUAUCCGGGUGCCAAUCAUUGUGCCAAUCAUGAUGUUGGCAAUAAAGGAGGCGGCCUCAGACAUGUCACCCUAUGUGCGCAAAACAGCAGCUCAUGCUAUCCCCAAACUGUACAGCUUGGAUUCAGACCAGAAAGAUCAGCUCAUCGAAGUGAUAGAAAAGCUUCUGUCUGAUAAAACUACACUGGUCGCGGGUAGCGUCGUCAUGGCAUUCGAAGAAGUCUGUCCGGAGCGAAUUGACCUGAUCCAUAAGAAUUACCGCAAGCUUUGUAACCUGCUCAUUGAUGUGGAGGAAUGGGGGCAGGUGGUGAUUAUCAACAUGCUGACUCGCUAUGCACGCACCCAGUUCUUGAACCCCAACCAAAAUGAGUCUCUACUUGAAGAGAACCCAGAUAAAGCUUUUUAUGGAUCAGAUGAUGAUGAAGGAAGUAAAGAGCAGAAAUCAGAACCAGUAGUGAAACGCAAACCAUACGUCAUGGACCCCGAUCACCGUCUUCUACUUCGUAACACAAAACCCCUCCUGCAAAGCCGCAAUGCCGCAGUGGUUAUGGCUGUGGCUCAGUUGUAUUUCCACCUGGCUCCAAAAGCAGAAGUUGGAGUUAUCGCAAAGGCUUUAGUACGUUUACUGCGCAGCCACAGUGAGGUACAGUACGUGGUACUUCAGAAUGUGGCCACUAUGUCCAUCAAGAGAAGGGGGAUGUUUGAACCAUAUUUAAAAAGUUUCUACAUCAGAUCCACCGACCCGACCCAGAUCAAGAUUCUGAAGCUGGAAGUCUUAACAAACCUGGCUAACGAGACCAAUAUUUCCACCAUCUUGCGGGAAUUCCAGACAUACAUCCGUAGCAUGGAUAAAGACUUUGUGGCUGCUACCAUACAGGCUAUUGGCAGAUGUGCUACCAACAUUGGUAAAGUGCGAGACACCUGCCUUAAUGGGCUCGUCCAACUGCUGUCCAACCGGGAUGAACUAGUGGUGGCAGAGUCUGUGGUGGUGAUAAAGAAGCUGUUACAGAUGCAACCAGCACAGCACAGCGAGAUAAUUAAACACAUGGCCAAAUUAACUGACAACAUCCAGGUGCCCAUGGCUCGCGCCAGCAUAAUUUGGCUCAUUGGUGAGUAUUGUGAACAUGUUCCAAAAAUUGCUCCAGAUGUACUGAGGAAGAUGGCCAAAUCCUUCACUAAUGAGGAAGACAUUGUUAAACUCCAGACCAUCAACUUGGCUGCCAAACUGUACUUGACCAACUCCAAGCAGACAAAGCUCCUUACUCAGUAUGUGCUGAACUUGGCCAAGUAUGACCAGAACUAUGACAUCCGAGACCGCACACGUUUCAUCCGCCAGCUGAUUGUUCCUACAGAGAAGAGUGGCGCCCUGAGCAAGCAUGCCAAGAAGCUCUUCCUGGCAUUAAAACCUGCCCCCAUUCUCGAGUCCUCAUUUAAAGACCGGGAUCACUUUCAGCUGGGCUCCUUAUCACACCUACUGAACGCCAAGGCUGUCGGGUACCAGGAGUUGCCUGAUUGGCCAGAGGAAGCCCCUGACCCAUCCGUGCGGAACGUGGAGGUGAAGGAAGCUGUACCUGAAUGGACAAAGUGUCCAAGCAGGGAGAAAAGGAAGGAAAGAGAGGAGAAGCCUUUUUAUUCUGAUUCAGAAGGUGAAUCAGGUCCAACAGAGUCUGCAGACAGUGAACCAGAGUCAGUGAGUGAAUCAGAGAGCAGCGAGAGCAGCAGUGGAAGUACAUCCGGCUCUGAAAGUGAAGAGGAAGAAGAAAGUGAAGAGGAAGAAUCAGAGAAAGAGGAAAAGAAAAAGGGGAAGAAGAGAAUGCCACCGAGCGAGGGCAGUGAAGAAAGUGACCAAGAGCAGAGAGGGACCACCAAAGAAAAGAAGACCUCUGCAAAGACAUCCCAAAAGUCAGCAUCUGAAGAGGGGAGCAGCUCGGAGAGCAGUGAAUCUGAGAGCGAGUCCUCGUCGGAGGAAGAUGAAGAGAAGGAAGAGCCACAACCAGAACCGAAAAAGAAGAAGAGUCCUCCGGUGAGCAAGCCUGCAGCCAAACCAGCCAAGAAGACAAAGGAGAUGUCACUGCUGGAUCUAGAUGACUAUAAGAUCUCCAGAACUGGACGCACUAUACUAGUCUCACUCCCCUCAGCCCCUGCAGUGACCACAAGGAAUGUUGUAUCAGCAAGCUUGGUGUCCGACCUGGAGGGACUGUCCAUGACAGACACAUCUCUAACCCCGACGGUUGUCAGUCCGAUAUUUUCCUCGGGGCGUACCUUUGAGCUGCUGCACCGAAUGACUGGGGAGGGCUUGUCCAUGGAAUAUAUGUUUAGCCGCCAACCCUUUGCACAAGACCCUCGCAUGGUGGGUGUGCAGAUCAAGAUCUCCAACAAUACAGAGAGCGAGGUGAAGAAUAUCCAUAUCAGCAAUCCCAAGCUCCUGUCUGGCAUGCGGAUCCAAGAGUUUACAGAAAUAGAAUCCCUAGCUCCUGGAGACUGCGUCACGGUUACAAUGGGCAUUGACUUCUGCGAUUCCACCCAGACCGCCAACUUCCAGCUUUGCACACACACACGGAAAUUCUUUGUGAAUAUCCAGCCACCUGUGGGAGAAUUGAUGGAGCCUGUCUUUAUGAGUGAAAAUGAGUUUAAGAGAGAGCAGGGUAAACUGACGGGAAUGAAUGAGAUCACAGAGAGAUUGUCAUUGUCAGCAAAGUGUAAUAGUGACCACAUCAUCGUCCAGAGGGUCAUAUCAGUUGCUAAUAUGAACCGUGUGCCAUGCGGUGCCGAUAAAGAAUACAGGUUUGCAGCCAAGACUGUAACAAGUGGAACCCUGGUCCUGGUGACGUUAACUCUGAAGGACGUGUCUGCAUCUCUGCUGACUAUUAACAGUGAGAAGAUGGUGAUAGGAACUAUGUUGGCCAAGGACAUUGUUCAGGCAUUGACCCAGUGAGACUAAGGAGAUACAGUGGCACAAUAUAACUUGAAGUACCGGCUUGGCAUCUAAUCAAGUGAUACAGACCAAGUGAUACAGACAACUGGAAGAUGUUAGCCAUGAAACUAAUAAACAGUGAAUUUUGUCAUCCUUCUCCCCAUGAAGAUAUAACUCCAUUCUAGGCUGCUUUCAAGACUUUCCUCUUCCCUAAAAUAACUAAACUGUUAGAUUAUAUAGGCCUGUGCGUCAGUAUAUCAUAAUGGAUAUAGUUUGUGAAACUUUGAUCCCAUUCCCAAAUAAAAGGAAUAUAGCUGUAUGUAGAAGUAUAUGCCUCGGAAACAAGCCCAUAUAUGGUCUGAUAUUUAUCAUACAUGCAGACAGAACUGAAACUGCCUAAUAGGCGAACCCCCCGCUGCAAAAGUAUGGUAACCCACCCAAGUAGAUCCAGAAAAACAUCAACAAAAUGUAUUGAAAAGCAGUAAAAUGAAGCCAAGUUCACAGCAACCUAUAGAUCACACUAUCUGCUGAUGUGAGCUUUAGGUUUUAUUUCAAUAGAUUUAAUUUUUUUCAAUCAAAAAAAGCUUUUUUCAAUACAUUUUAUUUUCCAACUGGAUCCACUUGUGCUAGAGAACUUUCUGGAGUUAAACAUUUUACAUUCGCCAGCUUUAGUUCUGCAGUCUCAGCAAUGUAAACACUGCCUUUUCCGACAAACGGCAGUAUUAUCACUGCUGCCUAACGUCACCUCUAGUGGCUGUCAGAGAGCCACUAGAGGGGUUUCCUUGAUGCGGUCCCGCAGAGAUUGCAGGGUUCACGUCUGGCGCCUUCAAGUUCUGCAUGGAGACAACGACCAGGAUUUCUAUUCUGAGAUGCUAAAAGGGGCAUUGCGGAGUUUGCCACACAUGAGCCCCCGAAUAAGGUCAUUAAAAUAGCUUAUUUUAACAGUGGUGUAUACCUAAAUCGCCUCUGUACCACUGUAAUGUUAGGAAUACAUAGUUGUAUUCCUAAGGUUAAAGUGUUCAUUUAACAGAAUUGAAUACUUAAUUAUCAUGUAUGUGGCUCCAUGUAGCACUGUUAUUACAGUGCUUAUUAUGUUUUGAAAUUUAUUAUAUUUAUGUCAAGUUUGACUACAAACUAAAUGUGCUAAAUGGCCUUAUUUUAUCUAUUUGAUUGACUUGAUGCUAAGCUGGGUUGCCUGCAUCCAUACUUUAUCCAUUAUAGAAUGCUGAGAUCCUGGCCCAUCCAUAAUAGAAUCCUGAGUGUAUAGGUUUACUCUUGUGAGACAUUAUGUGCAAUGACUCCACUAGCAGCCAGUAUUUUGUCCCCAGCUACUAAAGUGACAAACAUCAAUAAAUUCUAAACAUUAGUUCCUUGUUUAAUGUGGACACCUCCGGGGUGGCUUGCAAAUAUCUCCCCUCUGUCCAGUUUCUUGUGCUGUUUGUAAGUGGAAAUACAUAGCAAUAUUUAUUAUAAUUAGGCAGAUAUAUCAAUAAAGAUCAAUGUGAAAAUA